AUGGAAAAUCACAGUAAUCUAGUUGUUCCAAACAACGAUGCUGCCAAUAAUCAAGACGAUCCUCAACCAUCAGCGGCGUUUGAGCAGGCCGAAGAUCAUGUUCAGACUUUAAGCACCGGUGAACUACAACGUCUAAGAGACUAUAUUCAGGCUGAAAUUGAUCAUCGAAAUCAAGAGAUGAUCCUUCAAAGAGAGGAGGAAGAGCAGAGGCGAAGGAGAGAGGAGGAAGAGUAUGAACGCAAAUUUGCUGCAUGGAAGACGAAGUUCUUAGCAUAUGACAGGAGAAAGGAAGAAGAAUGGCUAGAGAAGCAUUCCGAGAGUAAGAUAUAUGGGAGUUCAACAGAUGAAGAUUCUGAAGCAUCUGAAGAUGGGAUGGAAUAUGAGGUUGAAGAGGUGAACACUAGUGAUAUGUAUUCUGAUGCUGCAGAGGAUAAAGCAAGGAUGGAGCGGUAUCAUGACAGGAAAAUGAGGGGAAAUUUUGAUUUCGAACUUGCAAAUCCCAAGAUUUAUGCACGGACCAUGCGGGAGGGGGAGAGUAGUAGUGACAGUGAGGAGGUCCAGGAGACUGAAACCGAUGAGGAUGGGGAUGGGAGUGAUGUUGAUGAUGUUGAGAGUACUCCAUCAUCUGACAACACAUCUCCUACGUCUUCUGAGAGUGCAGAUAAAUGGUUCCGAGAGGAAGAGGGUUGCGACUCCGAUGAAGAUGACUAUUAG